AAUCAUAUAGAGAAAACUUUACCUUAGGAUACCCAAAUUUUGGUCAUUUUCAAUUUUCUUCCUGGACAAUAACAUACUUUGUAGUGCAUUUUUAGUAGACUCAGAGAAGUGUUAAAAAAUACAACCAUGAAAAAGCAGCAUUUGAACUCAAUAGAAUCCCAUUUGAACUCACCUAACCUUAAGCUUUGCAGCAUAAAUCCUCAUAAUGUAGCCUUUACUGCACCAUUUGCAUGGCUAUUUUUGAUUUAAAAUGUUGAUGAAUUGAAUCCCGCUGAGUGUGGAAAGAGAGAACACACAUUAAGCCAGUCUAUCUGAAGCUGACAUUGUGCUAUUUUACAAAAAGGCUGGCAAUGUACAAUACAACAAAGCACAAUGAGUGGGCUCAUUUUCUGAACACCCGGGAACUGUAAAACAAAAAGCAUAUGGAACAGGCUGGAAAGUAAACAUAAUGCAGGUCUUUGCAAAGGCUCUGCUUGAACCACCUCGAACAGUACAAGUUACAGACAAAUUUUGUUACUUUCUACACUAUAGCAGGUUUCAGCUGGAGUCAGUAUGUUCACAUCUGUUGUAUCCUUUGAUAGCAUGCAGCAGCGGAGUUCAAAAGGGAAAAAAAUGUUUUGGUUUUUGCAUAUGUAAUCAAGUCCCAGACUCUGUAGAUCAUAACACAGACUCUCUUCUCUUGUCACAAGGGCCUUAACAGUGGAAAUAAUUGUGCCGGAGAAGUGUUCAGGAGCAGCUUCUCCGAUGAAUUGUGUCUUGUUCUCAAAUUUGUUACUAACUUAUGAUUUUAUACCGAUUUAGAAAAAGGCUGAUUUAGCUUCAGCAAAGCAGGAUAAAACUAAAAUACCCAGUUAGCUGAAUGUGAACAACAUCAUAAAUCAAAGUAAAAUAAAAUGAACUGAGUACAUUUAUUCAAAAAUAAUUGAUAAGUGACCUUAUAGCUAAUAAAACAGAAGAUUGCCUGAUUUAAAUUUGGCUGAUUUGUUGGUGAGGUGGUCAGCACUGCUGCCUCACAUGAAAAUCCUGGGUUUGGAUCUAUUGGGCUGUUUCUGCUUUCACUGCUCUGAGACCAGUUACUCUCUGUGAGUUCUGUGAAAAAAGCUAAACAUGUAAGUGAGCAUUCUGUGAUUUAUUAUAGUAAAUCACAGAAUGACUUAAGUUCUGUAUAUACGUUACACAGUAAGUUCAGAUCUGGAAAAUUAUGAAUUUUGUAUCGCUUUUUUGCAACACUCUUGGCCUUUAAUGGCCUUUGGAGUGCAGUGAAAAGAAUUUUUAUAAGUUUUUAGCAUGUGGCAAGUAAAUGGUUGAUUAAUUAGAGGAAUUGUGCCAUGUUUGAUUUCAGACUCAACUAUCAAUUUUGGAUUAAAGGCCUUUACACACUGAGUGUGUAACAAAAAAACAACAUGAACUUCCAAAUUUUCUGGAUCUGAAUCCGUCGCUCAAUGUCGCGCUUUUGUGAAAAGUUGAUCCUCAAAAAACGCACUGUGAAACAAAGAAUGAAGUCAACAUCAAGCAAGAUGAGUUGGUCCUGAUGCUUGUAAACAAGAAAAGCUAGAAAUGAAGAUUCUGGGUUCACUCAAUUCCCAAGUGAGUGAAUUAACUACUUCACUCACUUAAGAAUUUUUUAGGAAUAAAAAGAAAAUUGCCCUCAACAUCUAUCAGAACCAGCUUUACUGACCAAGAAUAUGUGUAGAUAUUUAUGGUCAGUAAAGCUGAUAAUGGCCUGGUUACUUAUUAGUUCUCAAUGUAACAUAAUAGAAAACAGACAAUAUUUACAAUAGAAACAUAUAUUGCAUAUUUAUGUUUAUGGUGCAGUUGUGCAGGGGGCAGAGAUAUUGGAUUAAAUUAUGGAAUAAAUAAGGGAUAGAUAACUUGUUAUUUGUUACUAUUAACAGUACAUACAAAGACUGAGAGAGAAGGAGAGAGAGAUAUAACGAAAUAGUACGUACAACACAGUUUGAUUCAGCAGCACGUAUGUCACAUGUUUAAGUACAUCUGUCUUGUAACAUUUUUUUCAGUCUCUAGUGACAAAAUAUAUGUGAACUAUAUGAAAGGGGAAUUAUUUAAAGUAAAGUUUAAAAAAAAGUAUAUUGGACUUGAUUUAGUCCUUGGGGUUACAGGAAGUUGUCGCUGCCAUAUUUAGCUGCUUUGUUGUAGAUUCCUUAUAGGCUUCCUUCAGAUUUUAGCCCAAGUGUUGCAAUGGAACCGAGCUGGAGUACGUUUUUAUUUCAACAGGCCAAUGAGGCUCUGCAUCACCAACACCAAGUAGCUGGAAACAGCCUGUUGCCUCUUCUUAAUUCUGGGACAGAGCCACCUGAUCAGAAACCAGUGCUGCCAAUCCCAUUGGACCAGAAACCACCUGUCAGUGCUACAGAACUUCUUAAAGACAAUGUGGCUACUGGGGCUGUUGGAGGAGGUGGUGAAGUGGCUCCAGUUGCUGUGGUUAAAAAGGAACCUAAGUCAAAGACUCCCUUUAUCUGUGGCUACUGCAACAAAGCUUUCCGGGACAGCUACCAUCUACGGCGGCACGAGUCUUGCCACACUGGCGUUAAGAUGGUGUCACGGCCUAAGAAGGCUCAGACUGCUCCUACCAUGGUGCCACUCAUAUCCACUGUACCACGUGAGAAUAGUGGAAAUCCGUCAUACAUAACUACUGUAGCCACAGGUGUCCUGACUACAGCAACAACAUCAGCAUCCACAGGCACUAGCAGCAUGACCCCAAUGCAACACCAACAACUACAGAGCAUUCCUAAAAAGCCUCCCAAGCCAGUGAAAAAGAACCAUGGUUGUGACAUGUGUGGUAAGGCCUUCAGAGAUGUGUAUCACCUCAAUCGCCACAAGCUGUCACACUCAGACGAAAAGCCGUUUGAAUGUCCCAUCUGUCAGCAGAGGUUUAAAAGGAAGGAUCGCAUGACAUACCAUGUCCGCUCCCAUGAUGGGGGAGUUCACAAGCCCUACAUCUGUUCUGUCUGUGGGAAGGGCUUCUCUAGACCUGAUCAUCUAAGCUGUCAUGUCAAGCACGUCCAUUCCUCAGAGAGGCCAUUUAAGUGCCAAGUAACGGCUUGUACGUCUGCUUUUGCUACCAAAGACCGCCUGCGAUCUCACAUGAUCAGACAUGAAGGCAAAGUGACCUGCAACAUCUGUGGCAAAAUGCUAAGUGCUGCCUACAUCACAAGUCACCUCAAGACCCAUGGGCAAGCUAGCUUCAACAGCCCAUGUAACAAUAAAGGCAUAAGUGACUGGCAGUGGAACCACUCAGGGCCACGAAAAGGUGAGUUGACGGUAGGAGAGAUUUUAAAUAACUCCUUCCAAGUCCUAAUUGACAACUCUCAUAAAGAUGCCAACAACUUACACAACAGCUCUGCGGCUACGACACCUGUCACCAACUCUGCAGCCAACACCUCUGCUGUGAACCGCAGUGUCAAUUCCAGCAAUGCUGUUACCAUCACAGCUCAGAUUAAUACUGCCACCAGCACCGUUAACAUUACAUCGCCAGUUAACCUGCAGCACCCUGUCACCAUCACUGGCCCUGUGAACCUGACCUCUGUUGGAAUCCCUACAACAGCACACAUGAAUAUUGCCCACCCGGUAGCUAUCACCACUCCUAUGCCCAUGAAUAUAACUGGGCCACUCAAUAUUGCUAUGAGGCCCAUGGAGUCUAUGCCUUUUCUUUCCCAGGUUCUGCCAUCCUCCCCUCCUUGGUAGAUCUUUUGUUCCUCAUGUAACAGUUAGUGAUGUUUUAACUGCCUAAUAACGGACAAAGCCAUUAGAUAUUAGUAAAAUCUCCCUCUAAAUGAGUUGAUAGUGUACUGGGCAUAAAAAGGUGAACUAAUGUGUCACGUAGAUGGUAACCAAUGAUUGUUACUUACAGAGGUCAGCAUUAUUACAACAUUAUGUGGUAAUUAUGGAUUUUAUUUUUAGUUAAUACAGAAAAUACAUAUUUUUGUAACUUAGCAAUGGUCAGAAAUUAAUUAAUCAGAGUACUAGCAUGUACAUAAAUUGUUCUUUUAUAGAAUAUAUAUGCAUUUUGUUUUAUGCAUUUUACCUUAGGACAUUAGUAGAAAUGUUUUAAUAGGGGAAGACUUUGUUGAUUGUGAGUUGUUGGUUUUUUUGUUUUGUUUUGGGGUUGUUGUUUUUUUUGGUUUUGGUUUUGUUUUUGUUUUUUUGCCUAAUUCAGUGAACCUGAAAAACCACAGUCCUACAUCAUAUUGAUGCAAAAUCUGUAAAUCCAAUAAUAUGUCCAAUAAUAUUGAUAAAUAGUUGUCAAACCUAUUAGUUGGAUCCCUGAAGGCAGAGCCAGUCUUACAUGUCCAUGUUUUAAAGAGCUGCCAUUGCUUGCUUUCAACGUCACGAAUGAGCUCUCAUGCUCAGGUAAUUCCAAUUUGUUACAUCGUCAUCAUUUAACUAGAUAACAUGUGAUUUCAUAGUUUGGGAGAAGUGGAAAUAGGUUUAAGCCAAAGAAUUUUAUAAAUGUAAUUUUGCCCAUGAAUGAUAUUUUCAAAAAGAAGGGGGAAAUCUUUUAACCAGUAUGGAGAUUGUUUUUUUUCAUCUGAAAACCAGAGAGAAUAAAUUGUUGCCUUUAAAGAGACUAACACAGUAGAUGCUAACGUGUCCUGGUCAUCACACGAUUACGCUCAAAUGUUUCCAGGACCCAGUAUAUUGCUCAAAUAUGAAUUCUACUUUUUGUACCAUUUUAAUGUUUGAUAAUGCUAAUAUUGAUGUAUUAGUCAAUUGUAUUACUCACAGUUGAUCAUGUGAACAGUUUUAAUUACACCUAUAGACUCAAACCAAAAAGUAGGUUCUUUCACUUAAACAUGGUUUUAAAUUAUUGGGCAGUUAUUACACUUCCAGCUGUUCCAUGUUAAACUACUUUGUAUUUGCAUUUUACCCUUUUACAAAUAUGUAUAAUUUUACUGUAAUGGUUGACACUGAGCAAACUCAGUGCAGGAGUCUUUACCGUAAACGCAAUAUACUGUAGGGAGACAAACCAUUUAAGAUCAUUAUUUGACAAGACACUGUUGAUCUUAUCAGAGUGAGAAGUAAAAAUUAUAUUGUGCAACUGGACAUCUUAAAAUAUGGAUAAUGUGUGAUGCUAUACUGAUAUUUAGGAAAUGUCUUAAUAUUUGUGUUGCUUCUUCUUUUCUUUUUUUUGUCCUUUUUAGCUGAUUUUUAUUUUAGUGGACUUCUCAGUAUUUUAUAUUUGAUAUGUUUUAAAGUUAAAACAAGAUAUGUUUAUUUGGAGUAUGUUUUGAUAAAUUUUGCGCCCCUCCCCAGCAGAAUUUCUACAGUUAAAGUUGCUGGAAGCACAAUCAUUCCUUACUGCUGGAGACAAGUUUAUGUGGAACUAAGUUUGGGGGGGUUGUAUUAUUUUGUAUUUGAACGUGACAGGUGAAAGUAUUGCUUCCUGAAAAAUGUCACUUAGGCUUUGCCUGUUAAAAUCCUGGUAUUAUCAAAAGUCAAACAUUAAAUGUAGCUUUUUUUAAGACAUUUUAAACGUGAAAGCCAAAAGAGAAGACAUUAAAUUUAAGUGGCGCAGUCCCAAAGUUUCUGUGGUGUGUUCAGUUGGUUAGAUUUUUAAUUUAGCAGAUAGUGGAUCCCAUCACUGUCCAUCAUUUGUGUCAACAUGUCAGACAUUUUACUCUGACCUUUUUUUCUUUUUCUUUCCUUUCAAACCAAUAAUGUAAAACACUAUUUUAUUGCCUUUACCCAUGGCAGAUAAAGCCUUUCUAUUAACUACAUGUUAUUGGUGCAAAAACUUCAUCAACACUGAUGUGGCCGUCCAGCCUGGAGAGAAAGGAGAAUAAGGAGUCUUAUACAUAAGCCUGGUGUCACUUUAUUUUUAUUAUGAGAAAAAUCCCACUAAAAAGGAAAACAUGUUUUACUUGCUGCAGUUUUUAUACAGCUGCAAAUGUCCAAAAACAUUUGGACGCACUCACAAUUUUUUAAAUUUUGCCCUUUGUACACCAUCUCACUGGAUUUUAAGACAAAUAAUUAGGAUGUGAUUAAAAUGCAGACUUUCAAUUUUAAUUUAAGAGGUUUUACAUAAAUUCUGUAUUAACUAUUAUGAAUUACAGCAGCUUUUUUUUUUUUUACAGGCCCCAAUUAGACAGCUGACAAACAGUUUCAUGGCAAAGUGACACCUCUUCUUUGAUUAUUUUUAGCUGGUAAAUUAUCUGGACAUCAUUACAAAUGUUGAAUUUGCAUGUGGUAGUUAUUAACCUCAAUAUGAGUGGGAGUCAAACCGUUGGUUACACUCAAGAAAAAGAAGACCAGGUUAGAAAACAUUUUGGUUUUGUCUUGGACAAAUAAAACCAAUGUUAUCAUUUACCAGAAUAGUAGGAAGAGAUUCGAAGCAUACUACAUAAUUUGUCAAACAAAGCCUUGGCACGGGCAUGUACGGCUUCCACAAAUGUUCAUUGAUGACAUGGCUUCUGAUAGGAUUAGUAGGAUGAAUUCUGAAGUGUACAACUAUACUUUCUGUUUCUAUUAAUGGCAAAUAGAUAAUGUUGCAAGGUAGACUGCAAAACCAGCCCAAGAGAAAAAGAAGUGAGAUAUGUUCAUUGGCCAAACCAGUCACCUGGUGUCAAUUCAUAUUUUCAGUUAGUAAAGACAAAACUGGAGACCUAGGCAGAUGUCCACAUCUUGGUGAUGUCCAUGGGUUGAAGACUUCCAGCAGUCAUUGACUGCAAAAGAUAAUCAUUUUUAUUACCGUUGCUAAACAUUAGUAAACGGAUAAAGCAAUACUUUUGCUAAACUAUUGACUUAAGGCAGAAAAUGUGCAUCUUAAUCACAUCUUGGUUAUUUUUUUAAUUUAAUUAUAUUAGUUUUUAAUUUUUUGGUUUCAAAAUUAAAAUUGCCAGUGUGGUGCUUUAAGCGCAACAUAAUAAAAAUGUUAUUCAAAUGCUUGUGGAUUUAACUAUACCUUAUCCCUCCAAUACUGAAUACGGAGUGUUGUCUGUCAUCUAAGAUUACCAAAAUAGGAAAAUGGUCAUAGUACAAAGUUAUCUACAUGUUGUCCACUCCAAAUGGUGCUACUAAUUAGAGAUUGAACAUGAAGCCAUUAAUUACUUCUAGAAUAAUCCCCAGUGCAAUAGUAUAGUAGGACAUUAGGUCUUGCUUGUAUUUCCAUUAGCCGUGGCACAGUGUUAGUAAUAUCAAACUAUAGCAGCACAGAUCAAACCUGUCAGCAGAGAAAUGUUCUCGACGUUUGUAAUUUGUUUAGGAAAGUUAUCUGUUGCUAGAAAGAGAGAAAUAAACUACAGCCUUAUUCUGUGUAAAAGCAGAGUUUUCUCUGUAGGUUUAAUAUGACUAAUUUUAUUUAUUUUAUUGUUGUUGUUAUUGUUUUCUUGUCACUCUAGCAACCUAGAUAAUUGGGAUAAUUAAUAAAGAACAUUUGCCUAGGUGUAAACAAAAGAUCAAGAUGCUAAAGGAUGGGUGUUGUGUUACUGAUGUUAUUACUUAGUGGUUUUGACAAUUUGCAACCAUGUGCAUGCAGCAUCCACUGAGUUGCCCUUAGAAGUUACAGGCUCAUGACUCUAAAUGUUUACAUACCUUUUCCUGCUGUUUCAGCCAUUUAAUUUUCAUUUGUGCCCCCUUCAGUUGAGACUUGUGAGCUUGCACAUAUUCUGCUGCUCUCUUGGGCAGGAAUAGGUUUACAGAGCACGUUACAUCUGGAGAUGUCUGCUUGAUUGUUUGAAAGGGUGAACAUGUUUCCUGGCUGUGAGUGUCUUGAGCAACAUGAAUAUACAGUUUUUUGAUACUUGGAUUUUGUAGUUUUUCACCCUUUUACAGUGUAGGAACUCCGUAGCACCUGCAGUAAAUGGUAAGAUAUAGGGACUACAGGACAAUGGUACAUAGAGGGGCAUUCCAGUUUGGUGUAACUGGACAAUGACUGUCAGUCCCACUUCACCUGGCUCAUCUGUAUGUUGUCAACUCAGUUGUUUAGCUCAUUAAUUUCAUUUUAUGUAUGCUAACAGUCCACAAGGGAAGGUGCUUUUAAUUUUGAAUGGCAUUAUUUGUUGAAAAUAUAUUUCCUGGUUCUUUUGUUUGUUUUAUGUUGCCUGUGGAUGAUGAGUUGAUUAGAAGGUAAUUAGAAGGGUGAAGACUUUUUAUAAAAACACUAAAAAAAAAAAAAAAUACAGGAUGAAAGCUUAGUAUGUGGUGUCAUUUGUCCUUCUUUAGUGGCUGGUUAACAAGUGUGCCUAAAAUACUUUACAAGACUUUUCUCACACAUUGAUACUUCCUCUUCUAGUUAAGCUGUGCAAGAGAAUAGCCUUGUGAAGGAAUCCUUCAUUAGUUCAAAUGACCUAGGGUCCUGCAUGGCCAGUUUUUGGCUUUGUUCUUUAAAGCUAACAAUAAUGAACUUAAUGGACUAAUCUUGAAACGCAAAGUGAUUGAUCUUUAAAAGCGCAUGCUCCUGUUAACGUAUCAUUGACAUUUCUCUGUGUGGUUUCACUUUGUAAUCCAGCCUAAUAUGAAAAACAAUUUGUUUGGCCAAAUAAUUAUUUCAGUUUUGUUUUGUUUUUUGGUGAAGUUUGUAAUUUGGCAGAUGUGAAGGCAAAUGAAUGUAUAUCUUUGUAUAAACCAUUUAGUUCAGAAGACAUGCUAGUUAUGACACACAAGGAAAAAAAACUUUUAUAAAUCCUUUUUGUAUUAGAACAUUAACAGUGGUAAUUUUUGUAUAUAUGAAGAUUAGGCUUUCUGAUUAGCAGAAAGGUAAAACAUUCCUACAUUUUUUUAAAUGUAUGUCCAUUGAGAAUAAUUAUGUAAACAUAUUUCCAAUGUUUUAUGUGCCUUUUAUUUUAAUUUGUUUAAAUAAAAGAAAAGAAUCAAA